CUAAUAUUAAAGUGCAUGUUCUAAUCGAGGGUAUCCUAUGACUGCCCAAACAUUGACUGAUCUCUUCUUCCUGCGUGAGUAAGCUCCCCAUGGAAGGGGGUAGUAGUUUAUUGAUCGUGGUUAAGACAUUUGAUAUUGGAUGACAGCGAAUGGGAUACAUUUAAAGACUUAAUGUGAUGUAUUUUACAUUUUAUCUAUACUUGAACACAGUCAUAAAAAAUGUCUUCUUAAUUAGAAUCUGUACGGUGCUUUAUGAAGAGAAGUAUUUAUUUACUGUUUAGAAAUGGUCUCCUGCUUAUGGGUUCUGGUAAUGGAGUUGGUUUGAAGACUACCAGCAGUGUGCGUUUCUAGAUCACCCUAUCCUCCAGUUCCUCUUAGGGGUGACCAGAAUUUUCUAAGAAAAGAUAGAUGGUGCAUAAUGGGGGAGUUUUCAAUUCAUCCCUGGUUUACCAGGGCCACGGUCACACUGCAAGCCAUGAGCUUUGAAUUAUUCUCCUUUAUAUUCUCAUCAAGCUGCUAAUAUUAAAUAUUCUUCACUCAAAAUAAGUAGACAUUGUUCUCCUCCAUUGUGCUGGUUAGGGUUCACCGUUAAUGUCCCCUUAAUUGCUCUACCAGUUGUGCAUUAAAGCAGCUCUUUCACCAAAAGUGAUUUGAUCAAAUUUGCUUCUAUAUAGCUCUCUGUCUGAAUCUCUUUAAUCUCCUGUUUGUGAAAUGCUUUAGGGACUACUUUUUCUAAUGUAUCUCAGUCAAGUUGACUAAAUUUGACAAUCGGCAGCACUUAAGGUUCAGUUUCAGUUAACAAUCAAACUUGUCCACAAUCCAUUAAUAAAAUGGAUCUCACAAAAGGGCAAACAGCAGACAUGGCUGCACCCAUGUAUUUAUAUUCGGCACAAGGAAGAAAAGAUAGUAAAUGUAAAUAAACUAGUAAGUAGCCGUGGGGGGGGGGGGAAGUAUAAUCAUUACCAUAAAAUGGGCAAAGCAAAAUAAUUUAACUGAAAUAAAUAAAUGAGCAGACGGCUUCAAAGCCAGCGGCUUGUUAUACGGUGCAUAUACAGGAUGAGAAAUAGGGACACUGUCUGCUUUAGCAUUGAUAUCUUUUUUUCAGAUUUACUAAGGACAGCGAGCUGCAAGGACUGUUAUCACAGCCGUUAUGUAGUCGCUCUCUGGUUUUUAAUGGUAAAAAUGAACUUGAAUUGUAAUGUUUUUACCAAUUUCCUUGCAGUACAGCGCGGUGGACACAAAUCCUCUCUCCCUCUAUGUGAUGCACCCAUUUUGGAAUUCUAUAGUCAGAGUGAGUAUUUCUUGGCUCUGUAGUGUGUGAGUCUAAACCGCAGUAUCUUCUAAAAGCUGAUCUGUCUCUUUAUCUCCCAACAGUUUUUCCCAACAUGGCUGGCUCCAAACCUCAUCACCUUCAGUGGGUUUUUGCUUCUGGUUUUCAAUUUUUUCAUGAUGGCAUUUUUUGACCCAGAUUUUUAUGCCUCGGGUAAGUUUGUGUUUUGACCUUUACCGUGACCUUUAAGCCACCAGUUGCCCACGGUUUGUGCAGUUCGCUUAAAUGGUUGAAAUAGCACAUUCAUCACACUUGAUUUUUAUUGGUUUAUUUUGUUGUCGAGGUUUUGCCUCUUUCAUUGAAUCCUUGUGGUAAUGCUGUCCAGCCUUUUCUUUUCUGAAGUGCAAUUCUCCUUUGUCCUUCGCCGUAAAGGGGAUCUGUCACCUCUUAGCUGAGCCGCUGCAAAACAUGUGCAGUGGUCGCUAUGUCUGGAGAGCAGAAGGACUGCCUGUGGUUGGUCUCUCCUGCUCUCCGUUAUCAAUCCGUUCCUCAGCACAGACUAUACCGGAGAAUUGAUUGACAGGUUGCAGAAAAACAACAUAUUUUUAAAACGUUUUUUUUCUCUUAAUACAUACAUUUGUUGAGAAGAUUGCUAGCAUUAUGUAUACAAGAAAUGUUAUUGUUGUUUUUUAACAUGACAAGUAAUAGCAUAGAAUAGUAAAUAGUCAUAUAAUGCGUGAAUGUACACGAUACCAGUGUCCCGGCACAUAGUGUGUCUGGGUUUAUGUGAUGCUGUCCGUCUCUGUGUAAUUGACUUCACUUUAUUUGUUGUUUCACACAGCUCCAGGCCAUGAACAUGUCCCCAACUGGGUGUGGAUUGUUGCUGGUCUGCUUAACUUCACAGCCUAUACUCUAGGUGAGUCUGUGAGCGAGGAUUUGGGGACUGGCUGAAUGACUCUUACAUUAUGUAACAAUGCGCAGACUUCAGGAGACUCCAUGGACGCUGAGUGUGUGCUUGGCUGUGCCGAUCGCUGCACACAGCUCUGUUUAGAAAGCUGAACUAGUCUUUAUAUAAAUUGAUAGUCAGUGCAUUCUCUGUUUGUGAGACUGUGAUUGGAGGAGGAACUUUACCCGAUGGGGGGGGGGGGGUUCAUACGAGACGACCCCACAAACACGAGACUCCUGAUUGGUGGAACCUCUUCCUGGUGAGGAAGUAGGAUCUUCCUGGAGCUGCAGGCAAUUCCUCUAAGCUUUGCUAUAUAGAGAUGUUGGUGAUUUGGAGGUGUGUUUAUUUAAUGCAUUGUGCAUUUGUAAUAUAAAAAAAAUAAGUGGAUCUGUUUCACUUAUUGAUUCCAUUUAAAUGGUGUUCACUUACUUUAAACUCCUUUUAAAUGCAUUUAGACGACUACUAUCCACCCCCUGAUGUCUAUUUUCUCGGUUUUGGUCCAUGUGAACGAGAUGACCACCAACUUGUGGUCGACUGGCACUUCAAAUGGCUUCGGGAGUUCGAAGUGCCGCCUCGAAAGUUCAAAUUGUGGCCAUACGCAAAAAGGCACACAUAGUGGUUUUAACCAGGAUUUGAUACAGGGGCCAUAGUCACAGGGCAAGAGGCUGGCAAGUAUGCCCCUCCAAGAACCUGUGACAAGGUCCAGUUUGUCACAAUGCAAAUAGGGUAUUAUUCUAUUUUACAGUAAAAAGGGUUGGAGAAACCCUUUAAUUAUUUUAAAAUGGUUUAAUUUCUUACUGGAGGUCUGCCUGGAGCUACUCCCAAGCUCCAUCACUGCCGGAGUUAUGGAAGUCCCUAAGCAGAGACUUCCGUUGGCUUUCUUGGGCUAAUCCCUGCAAUCAGCGGAUGCUUUCAGAAGCAGUACUUGGACCCCAGGUAAGAUGGAGGGGGUGAGGAUGCCAUGACUUCCCUGGCACCAUAACCACUGCAGCACGCUGUAGUGUUGAUGGCACUUGGAGUGUUCCCUUAAGUCUCAUAAACAGGCUUGUACACUCACUGCUUUUAAAGUAAAGCUCGGAAAUCUAGGCUGCCCCCUAGUGGUGAUUACAGGGUAAUGCCAUUCUUCUUUAGAGUAGAGAUUGUAGCUGUAUUAGUCCAGCGAUGCAGGUGUAAAAUAGCAGAUUUCUCUUUCUUAACUCUAAAUUUUUUCUGAACAAAAACAGCACAUACAAUUCAAACCGAAUCACAACUCAACAACUGGAAUUCUGUGUGUUGUUUUUGCUCAGAAAUGCUUUAGCCUUGAGGAAGGGAGGUUCUCCCGGAAGCUUGUCCAAAAUUCUGUUAGUCCAAUAAAAAAAGGUUUUACAAGAUGAAUUCCUUCUGUUAUUUUCCAUUAUUCAUAAAAAAUGCUAAGCUGAAAGAUUUGGAAUUAAACACUUCAGGCUGAAGAAAAAAGUGUCUCAAAAUAAUAUUUAUAAACUAUCAACAAUACUUCAACAAUUUUAUAAAAUCUUAAUAUAUUCAAUAAAAAAACAUUCAGAAGAUUAUAUAAAUAUAUAUAUUUUUUACCUCACGUUUGAUAACCUAAGUUUAUUUCAUAUCUUAUUAGUUUGAGUCCUGCGUGAGAAUAUAUGUUUCUUUAGUCCAAUAGUUCCCCCUUCCUAAGUCUUUAUUUUCUGGUUUCCUGUAAUCACGUUUUAAAAUUCAAAGUGACUUUGCACCCAUUUUCUCCCCUAAACUUUUCUUUAGGCUGGCAAAAAUCCAGGCUCAGCUGGUAAUUAAAUUAGACUGGGCAGUCUACCUGAACGCGGUUACACAGAUAUAAGGAGGGAAAAGGGACACAAAAUAUAGAAUAAGAUGUAGGUUAGAAAACGUCAGGUGACAAUUAUUUUUGUGAAUGUUUGUUUUUAUUGGGUAUGUGUAUAAUAAUAUAUAUAUUUUAAAUUAUAGAAAUAAAAGUUAAGUGUUAUUUUGAGGCUCUUUAAAAAAAAAUAAAAACAUUUCUUUCAGUUUAAGAUGAGGGCUAAAACCACUAGGUCUCAGUGGUGGACCAUCAGUUAACAAGGCUCCGGGUCCUUUUUAUAGUCAAACAUUCCAGGCUGAAUUAUUAAUUAUAUAGAUAAAGCUUUCAACAUUAGAAGUGCAAAAACAAUUAAUUGUAAUAAAUAAAGAUACUGUAGUUUGAAGUUUCUGCUUACUGACAAUUUUAGACUGUGCAGCUUCUGCCGUGAUAUCUCCCCAAACCAGAAAGCCAUCACGCCAGUUAAACUUGCUUAACUUGCAUCGGAAUGAUAUCGUUAUGGUGCAAGGAGGUUCCCGGGUGCCAACUUACCUCAAGUCUUGAAUCCAUCACCCGUUAACUCUUUCCACAUAUUUCUGAUGGACUUGAGAAAAAUGUGCUCCUCUGUCCGAGGUUUCAAGUCUCAGACUACAGUGCUUGUUUGUAGUAAGAGCAAACAGGCACCAGAUUCAUGACUUUUAUCAUUGCGGUAAGCUGGCGCCUGGCACCUUCAUUCUGAUUAUGUUGUAAUGGUUCCUGAAGUGUCCCUUUCAAGUUUUAUUUUAAAAUUUAUUUAAAAAGAUAGUGGGCAGUAAUCUAAGAGGGAAAAGUGAAACUUCUAACUUUAAAAAUAUAUUUACGUUUGUUCCAUUGUAUUUUGAACAAAAAGAGAAACAAUACUAUUCAGGGUAGGACAUUAUGGAGCAAAACAAAAUCCACUGAGUAAGCAUAACUGUAACGGAAUCAUACACAGGCUCAUUGACGUUACGUCAACACCAAGAAGAGAAUUUGCGUCUGGUGCGUGAGCCUUGAAUGGCUACCUUACUCCUUAACAGUUUUGUGUUGAUUGUAGGUCCUGCUUUCUCCAGUAAACCUAUCUGAAUUUCACACUGCAAAAAAACAACAAAAAUUCCAUAAUUUAGGAUAACAUUUUAAACCAUAAUUGUCUACAUCAAAAACUAUCAGCUAAAUUUAGAUUACAAAUGAGCUGGACUCAGAAGAACAGACUAGCGAUGUAUAGAACUAUAUCGCUGUGAUCUGGGAAGAACACAAAAGCUAUUUGAUUUUGGAUUUAUGAAAACAUUGUAGACAUUUCUGUGCUUUUUGUUGGCUUUUAUGUAAAAUCGGUCAGUCUUUUUUUUGGUUUUUUUUCAGCAGUCACUUUGCAUGAACUUAUUGAAUUUAGACAGAAAAAAGCUGACCGCUGCGCAUAGACCUGGGCAGUAUAUGUGUUUUAGAUAUUGUGUGCAUGGUAUGUUCCGCAUGUAACGCAUUGCUUUGUUCUUUGCAGAUGGAGUAGAUGGAAAGCAAGCACGCAGGACUAACUCCAGCACACCACUUGGGGAGCUCUUUGACCACGGCCUGGACAGCUGGGCCUGCAUAUACUUUGUGGUGACGGUGUACUCUAUUUUUGGCCGUGGAGAAGCAGGCGUCAGUGUGCUCGUACUUUACCUUCUCCUUUGGGUGGUACUGUUCUCUUUCAUCCUAUCCCAUUGGGAGAAGUAUAACACUGGAAUACUGUUCUUACCCUGGGGAUACGACUUGAGCCAAGUGGUGAGUAUCCUCCUUUAGUUCCAAUACUGAGGUUAAAACUGGGUCGGACUGUCGUAGUGUAACGUGCUCAGGAUUGAUGGUUCUGCACACUUAGAAUAGUCUCCAGUGACUUAUGUCAACCGAGCUUCUUAUGAUCGAAGACUGAGCAGUUUAUUGAAACGUAUAAAUCCCAUAACUGGUCUCACAGUUCCUUCUGUCUGAGCAUUACACAGUAAACGAUAGGUGUGUUUAGUGAUUAAUCAUGGCGCCCUAGAGGUAUUCCCGUGGGAAAUGUUCACAAUUUUCUGGGGGGGCCAAGGUUGGCGGUUACUGCUAUUAACAGUCUGGGCAGAGUGAUGCAAGAUCAGCGUAUUAACGUGUAACCCGCUUGUUGAUCUUCUUUCAGACCAUUUCCUGUGUUUACCUAGUGACCGCUGUGGUGGGAGUGGAAGCCUGGUACAAACCAGCAGUCUUUAACCUCUUGUACAGAGAUCUCUUCACUUCAAUGAUUGUUGGUAAGGCAGGUGGUAACUGCUUGUGGAAGUGCAUGAUAUUCGCUGCGCACAAUGCAUGUCCUAGGAUCUCUCCUCAGAAAGUCUCAUAAUGUCUGUUUUUUUUAAUGUUACAGGAUGCGCUGUCACGGUGACCCUCCCGAUGAGCCUCUACAACGUCUUCAAGUAAGUUUUCUUCAAUCCAUUAACAUUCUUCUCACGGUCUCCCUCCAGAAUUCCCUUUUGAUUCAGAUUUUGUUAGCUAAGGUGCCUGUUUUGUCCCCUCUCACUGAUCGUGUGUAGAGCGAGAGACUCUGCAUAGCAAAGGAGUUUUACAAACUGCAAUUAUCGACCAUUCUGAACAGCAUUUCGUAUGGAACAAUCCUUCUUUUUGCCUCCUCCUUCCAUUAUUAAAAACUUUAGAUCUUUUUUUAUUUUGUUUUGUUUUUUAACUACUGAAUAUGGCCCAUUGUUAUGUUAUUCUGUAUUAUAGUAGACAAACAUUGUAACCUACUUGUUUGAUUUAUGGCUGGAGCCCUCCAACAAGCAACUGUACUUUUAACUAGUCAUUGUAGAGCCCUGUGCUUGCAUCCCAUAAUAAAUUUCCAUGCCAACUGUCAGGAUAUGGGGGCCCUGCAGGGCAUGAAAGAAUGAUGUGUCCAAAUGGGUCUGGCGCUCCUAGAUGCCCCUUAGGAUCAUGUGCAUCUUUUGGGUGGGGUUCAGAGUAGACCUGAUACCCCUUAAAAAGCAGAUUGACAAAGUUAGUUCAUGUUUUGACAAUCCUGGCAUAUUGUAGCAAUCUAAACAGCUAAAAGUACUUAAAACUGUAAUGAUGUGUAAUCUUGUACAUUGCUUGAUCAGUCCUUUUCCAUUUAAAGAGCAUAUCGCAACAACACUCUGAAGCACAAGUCUUUCUACGAGUCCAUGCUCCCGCUCAUCUCCCCAGUGCUGCUCUUCAUCCUGUGCACCGUGUGGGUCUUGCUGUCUCCAUCAGACAUCCUGGAAGCCCAUCCAAGGCUCUUCUACUUCAUGAUGGGCACCACCUUUGCGAACAUCACAGUAAGUACAGUGACUACUGUGGUGGGCGCACAAUAUUUCCAAUUAUUAUUAUUAAAAUGUUUUAAGAUGGUAAUGCCAUUUUAUCUUCUUUAAAUCACUGUCACUAAACCACCCCCCACACCUUCUCCCUAUCUCCUGCCUAAGACUAAUGGAUUUCCCCUGCUAUGGUUCCUGGGGGAGACGUUGAGCAUUUUCACAGUAUCUGCUCCUACAACAAGGACUAUACCAUGACUUCCUUAUUUAGGAAUGAUGGUAUCUGGGUACUCCUAGUGUGUUGCAGUAUUAGUAAGUGUGCACAUCUAUUGCUUUGUAUUAAAGAUGAUCUCCUAAUGCACACCAGUUGCAAGCUAUGAUUAAACAAAUGGAAACCCAUGCACAGCAGAGCCAUCUGCCAUAUUUCCAUUCAGUUGAUAAUGUUAAAGGAAAUUCAUGCAUUUAAAAGCAUCAUUAGCAAAAUACAAGGCUUGCAUUAACGUAUAUAGUGUGCUUUGUCUGUACCAGCACAACCAAGCAUGAAAUGAUGAUAAUUAAAAAAUAAAUCAAUUGAUAAUUGGAAGAACAAAAAAAAAAAAAGACAACUCAUUACUAAUUUUUAGGUACCUGUCAGGUUGUACAACAAUUUCCCAAGUAAGAUUUCUGCUUCUUUGGCAUAAAUUCUGUAUAGGUUAGAAAUGCGGUUUAUGUCAUGUUUUGUUGCUAAGUGAUCAUUGAUCAAUACCUAUAUUACAGUAUGAGCUUCAAAGGAUGUACCAUAGUGUGAUCUGUGCCUUUUUCCAUGUGAGCCAAUUGCGGCCCUUGUUACCGUGUGAGCCCGUGCCGGCUACAUUUGUUCGCUGAUUGAUGUUUGUGUUACAGUGCCAGCUGAUUGUUUGUCAGAUGAGCAACACUCGAUGCCAGCCGCUCAGCUGGUUGCUUCUACCUCUUGCCCUGGUCGUAGCCGUUGUCCUCUCAGGAUUUGCCCAAGAAACGGAAACUCUCCUACUGGCUCUGCUGACGGGACUGGUUACUGUGGCACAUAUCCAUUAUGGAGUAAGAGUGGUAAGUGAUCUGUCAUUAUGUUUUCUACUCUAGAAUUAAUGUAUUUUGCAGGAGUCUCUGAUCAGCAGACUAAUACGUAAAUCAUAAAUGAGGAGUUCGUAACCUGUGAGGUGUGCCUACCCUGGGGUGAUGCAAAGGUGUUAGUGGGGAGAUGUGACAUUCUUCGUUAACAUUUUUUUAAUUGUUUUGUUUUUAUUUUUAGAAUUUAGUUUAGGUACAGUCGAGUCGUGAUAUCUGGAUUAAAAAAUUUUUUUCAAAACCAUCCAGAUAAUCAAAGAUCGUAUAAUCGAUUUGUUGGGUAAAUUGAAGACUGAGUCCGUUUAGUUUAACCCUGUGCUGGAAAUGACACCCACAACACUUUAAAAUAAUAACAAGAACAGUAGAAGAGCCGUCACACGGUAUCUCCGCACUCGGUGACUGUUCUUGGCAGAUUGCAAUGCACAGUCUGAAUGACUGCAACAAUGGAAUCAAUUAGUCUGGUUACCUGAGAAAUAGCCUACAAGAUAUGUAUGAGAAAAUACAGACACACUGGCUAAUUUGUUUUGUUAAGGUUUUUUUAAGAGGCUGUAUAGUCACCAGAGCUUAAUGUAGUGGUGCUGGUGUCUUUAGCCUGUGCCUGCAGGUUCACCAGUGUAGAUGCUGCCUUUCAGUGUUUACAUUGCUGCCUAGUAGCUCCUCUAGUGGCAGUCACUCAGACAGCUGUGGUGUAUUACCAAACUACAUAAAUUAUGUACGCAUACACAUAUAAACUCUGGUCCGUCUACUUUAACAAAUAUUUAUUUAGAGACAAAAUAGCGUCAUCAUACAAAUAAUGACAUACAAUCUAACUAACGGACAAUAACAACCUUAUAAUGUCAUCAGAUCCCACUCACAGUUCAUCAUGAUAAAAAUUAGCCCGUGUCUGCUCAGUAGCACAGCCAAGAAGGAACAGGGAGGAAUGGAAAUAGGGGGAAGUGGUUAUCUCUUUCCUGACUUGUAAAGGUAUUGAAUUAGAUAAUUACCAUACCAAAGGGUAAAGCUUAUCCCCCUGUAAGAAAGGCAUACAUAAGCUGGUCACCACAACACCUAAUUGAGGGACUUCCCAGCUAGGUCCUGCACUCAGCGUCUCCACGCUUUGCAUGGAAAUGCUGUACGAUUCUCCUAGAGAUGCAUUGAUUCAAGGAUAUCUAUGAGGAGAUGCUGAUUGGCGCAGUAAGGCAUUGUGCCGCACAUGUGCAAUAGACACCCAAUACUUUCCUACGGAGUGCGACUAUUUCCGAACGGAGAUGGAGAAAAGGUAAGUAAAAUACCUCAAUUCAGAGAGGGGGGCAGUUAAACCUGUAGUCCCGCAUUGUAGUGUUAGAAAUACAUGUUUGUAUUACUAACACUAUAUUGGUCUAAAAAAACUAAUAAAACCGAUUUGUAUUUUACUAAUCAUCUACAGUUUAAGUAGCAGCUGUUCUGUGUUUCUACUAAAUUCAAGCUGCAGUAUAAACACUUUUAAUUUUAUUUAUGUAUUCUUUUGUAUAGAAGACUGAAUUGUCAUUUCUGGGAACAUGUGGUGUGGCUUGGCUUUCAAUUACUGACUAUCUCAUUUUGUUUUCAUUAUUUUUUUCCAGGUAAAUCAGUUGAGUAAACAUUUCAACAUUUUGCCUUUCUCACUUAAAAAACCCAAUAUGGAUUGACUAGAGGAGGAAGAGAAAGUCGGCUUGCAAUCUGCAGAGGUUUUGUAAAACAGCUUCUGCCAGCUUCGUCCAUCACCACAAACAAAAAGCAUUCGCCCUUUGGGUACACUGGAACCACUCACAUUAUCCUCAGACCAUUUGAAAAGAGCAACAAAAAAACAAAACAGAUUUCCUUGUGAUAACGGACAGACUGCUUGAUUGUAAAUAGAAGACCAGUUGAAUGUUCCUUGUACAAACGCCCCUCCGUCAUUUUGGAUUUACUAUGCGUUUGUACAUGUGUGCUCCUCUGCACAUGAUGUCUUACCGGGAACAUAAUGGUCACCUAGACCAGUGACCUUGCACGGGUCAGCUGACAUAUGAAAUCUAUACUUGUAUGUAUAUGGUACAUAUGCCAAAGGAGUCCUCGUCUGUGUUGGUAAAUCAAGUGCCAUGACGUGACAUGUGAGCACAAGUGAAGCUGAAAAUGUCUUAAACCAAACUACAUGUGUUGUGUGAAGCUCACGGAUGUCUGUUACACUGCAUGAAGGAGGUCAAGGUGUUUCACACAAGGCUGCGCUUUAUCAUUCAGCUCUUCAUUUCGCCAUUUCUGUUUUUAUCCGUAGCGUUAAAGCAAGACGUCUGUCUACAAUACACCAGAGAAGAUGUUUUAUGUGAUAUUACCUUAUCUAAUGUCCUUCAAAUCUAGAACAACAGACCCUUUUCAAGCCAUUCACACUGAUCUUUCUUCUUACAGCUGAUUUGUAUUUAAAUGAGGCAGCCAUUGUCCUUUGUGAGUUUUCAGUCUGUUGCUGCAGGCCUUCGGCUGUAAGUAAGCCGAACACUUCCCAGAUUUCCAGAUAUCUCUAAUGUGGCUGGUCACACCUGGAAUUUUGACGUGUGGUUGAAACCAUUCGAUCAACGCUUCCAUUGCAACAUUGGCAAUUAUAAAAUAGAAAUUUGAAAUCUAAAAUUAUGGAUAUACACCUUAGAUUAUGUAUAAUUAACCAUAACUUUACACCCGAGGUUUGAGAAUCCCACAGAUCCAACAUUUGUAGCACUCAAUGAUCAGGGGAUUUUGUGUUACUUUUGGAGGAAAUAAAAAUCUAUGUACCAGAGAUGGCCAAAAUGUAGAUCCCCUAUUGUUGCCAACUUUAAAUAUUCAAAUGAUAUUCUGCUAUUCUUAAGACUGGUGAAGCAUUAUGGGCAGUUUUAACAGCUGGGGUUCUACAGUUUGAUCACUCUGUCUAUACACGCCAGCUAAACAAAGAUCUGUCUCCGUCUAUGUUGGAGUGCCGCCAUUAGUAUAGUGAUGUAGACCGUAAUCAUGUAGAUCAAGAGUGACCAUAUGUACAGAGUCACUGGCAUCCCACAACUGCUUGGAAUGGUGCAAUACUGCACACAUCAUUUAGGGUGGGAUAGCAGUGCCCGCACCUGCCAUGUCCAGUUCACGAGAAAGUGAUCUUCUGAUCACUAUAUCCUUUAAUGUACACAUUUGCCAACAUACUGUGUAAAUUCAAUCUUUACCUAAAGGUGAACUUUAACCACCACACAUGGACAGUUAUGGUGUUCAAGGCCACAUUUGAAGUGCAGAAAAUAUUUUGCACUUAUUCCCUGUUGUGUUGAAUUUUCUCCUGGCAUUUUCUAGGUGCAUAUUUUAAAGUGUGAUUAGCCUCCAUGUAGAUAAUGCAUUGGGUUAUUAACAGGAGAAAAAAAUAUAGGCCGUUCUGCAAAUUAUUUAUCCAAAUUUAGAUUGUCCCUCCAACACCAUUCUCUUGGUGGCAGGGCUGGCCCCUAUGUUCCUUACCUUUCUUUUCUGUAGAUCCCCUGUCUGGUGCUACGCUUCAUUUUCUGUUGGUUUUUCCCAGUGGUGGUGGGAAGUAAUAGCAUGCCGAUUUUCUUUGAUGCCGCCUGCUUUUUGUUUUGUUUUAUUUUCUGUUGCCGUGCUUGUAUGAAGAGUGUAUCUAAACCCAUAUUCAUUUCUGGACAGGGUACACUUGGAGGCGCCAAGUACGGCCAUUGGUAUUAAUGUGUAAAUUAAUAGUAUUGAUAUGUAUCUUAAUGUGGGAAACACAAAUUCAUUUUGCAGAUGUUUAUUUGGGGGUAGAUUCAAAGUCCGACCAUGAGAAACUUUUGCCAAGUUCCAACUUUGUUUUUAUCUUAUUUAAUGUACCAUUUAUUUAUGUUUGGGUGUGGUCUCUUCAUCCUAUAGAAGUAUACAUUGUUUAUCUAUUGUGUGUAUCUUGUUUAGGUAGGUAUAUGCUGUUGUUUUUGUAUAAAAUUAAACUGAAAUAUCCACAAAAAAAAGGCUGUUAGAAGUUUAAAGCUAUUAUGUUUGAACUUUGUUUUCGUAUUUGAUUUCUAUAUAUUGUGAGACCUGUAAACGGUGGUAAAUGCGGCAUAUUUUCAAUGACUGGAGUACUUAUUGGAAUCCCGCCCCCUGCGCGUCUCAUACUUGUUAAUCAUUAUUAAACCUGUGAUACAUUUGUGGCAGGUGCUCUCAUACAAGGACAAACUAUUUACUAUUUAAAUGUUCGUUUUUAAUUUUUUUUGUAAAUUAUAAAUCACUGUAAACCAAGACUUGUCAAAUGUGAAAUUCAAAAGUCAAUUUGGAAAACUGUUUUUGUUUUAUUUUAUUUUUUUAUUUUUAAUAACAGAAAAAAAUGAAACAGUUAUAUCGUGUGUGUGUGUGUGCCUAUUUUAUUUAUUGGUCGAUCAUGUAUAAAAGGUCCAUAG